AAGAAUGUCAAGUAUAUUCUGCUGUUUGAACUAUUAAAUACAAAAAUAACAAAACAUUUGAUAAAUGUUUCACUUAUUGACUCUGCAGCACAUAUUUUUCAGUGUAUCACCACUGACUUCUCAGCAGAGAAGAUAGCGAUUCUCCUAUCUUUGGUGUCACGGCGCACAGACACAACGCUGUGACCAGGUCAAGGCUUGACAACCUUCCCAGGCCAUGGGCCUCCCCAAUUAUUUUGGUGUCAGUACUACUCUUUUUGGUGUUGGUAACACUCUUUUGAUGUCAGCAGGAAUCUUUUUGACAUUGGUAACGAUCUUUUUGCUGUCAGUAACACUCCUUUUGACAUCAUUAACGCUCUCGUUGACGUCACAGCACACAGACACAAUGCCGGAACUAGGCCGAAGCCCCACAGCCUCCCCAGGCCGCAGGCCUCCCCAGUCUUUUGACAUCAGUAACCCUCAUUUUGACGUCAGUAAUGCUUUUUUGUGACAUCACUAGCACUCUUUUUUAUGUCAGUAACACUCUUUUUGACAUCACAGUGCACAGAAACAAUGCAGGGACUAGGCCGAGGCCUGACAGCCUCCCCAGGCCGCAGGCCUCCCCUGAUGUCAUUUUGACAUCAGUAAGCCUUGUUUCGACAUAAUUCACGUUUUUUUUUUUGAUGUCACUAACACUCUUUCUGACGUCAGCAACCCUCAUUUUGACGUCGCAACGCCAGGAGGCCGAAACCCCCCAGCCUCCCCGGGCCUCCCUGGGAGGCCGCCCUCGGGGCGUGUCUCCCGGCCCCGUCGCCAUGGCAGCGGCGGCCGCCCCGGGGCCGUAAAGGAGGCGGGCGCAGGCGCGCGGCGGGGCCGAUGGCGCACUACAAGGCUGCCGACUCGAAGCGGGAGCAGUUCCGCCGCUACUUGGAGAUCGGGGUGCUGGACACGCUCACCAAGGUGUUGGUAGCCUUAUAUGAAGAGCCAGAGAAACCAAAUAGUGCACUGGACUUUCUGAAGCAUCAUUUGGGAGCUUCAGCUCCUGAGAAUCCAGAAAUAGAGGCACUUCGCCUAGAAGUGGCAGAGAUGAGAAAAUACGAAGCUGUGUUGGAAGAAAACAAAAAACUGAAAACCAAGCUGGCUCAGUAUGAACCACCUCAAGAAGAGAAGCGUGAUGAAUAACAGUAGUUUCUCCUUUAAUGCCUUGAUUUAAUAAAGGGCUUCCUGAGAACUGCA